ACGCCCAACACGUUUGUAGAUUCUUCUCAUGAAACUAUACAAAAGCACUUGUUUACUCCCGUUGUUCUUUUUUUUGGUUUAAUUUGCUCUUAUUUAUUGUUUCUUAUUAUUUUUACUCUUUUAGAUAAGCAAUCAAGUUACCUUUUGCCAAAGGGAAGCAUGUUCACGUAUGUGACAUGUCCUCACUUUUCACUAGAGAUAUCUCUCUAUGUGGGAACCCACGUCUUCCUGGGUUUUCAGUGGAUUCCAUUUUCACCGGUAGUUAUCUUCGUCACCUUAAACCAAAUAUGCAGUGGAUUGCUGAACCAUCACUGGUACGAAGAACACUUCCCUGACUUUGUUAAAUCCAGGAAAGCACUCAUUCCUUUCGUACUUUAA